CGCCCUCUUUCAUUCUUCUGCAUUUGGCAUUCGGCGUUGAAGGUCGUGUAAAAAGACCUUAGGUUAUAGUUAUUACUUAUUGUUACUUAUAAGUCUAUAUUUAGUAAUAAUGGCAAAUAACGAUAAUUUUGCACAAGAUGUUACUGAUAAUCAAGUGAAUGGUAAUGGGGAGAAUGGUGGUGGUGAUGGCCAAGAACAUAAUAGUGCGGACGCCCCGGGACGCGAUGACGACAGAAAACUUUUUGUUGGAGGCCUGAGCUGGGAAACCACAGAUAAGGAAUUGCGUGAUCACUUUAGUGCCUAUGGUGAAAUUGAAAGCAUCAAUGUCAAGACAGACCCCAACACAGGCAGAUCACGGGGAUUCGCCUUCAUCGUGUUCAAGGCACCAGAUUCCAUAGACAAGGUCAUGGCUGCCGGAGACCACACCAUCAACAACAAGAAAGUUGACCCCAAAAAAGCAAAAGCCAGACAUGGGAAAAUAUUUGUAGGAGGCUUAAGCAGUGAAAUCUCAGAUGAUGAAAUCAAAAAUUUCUUCAACAAUUUUGGAACAGUCAUAGACAUUGAGAUGCCUUUUGAUAAGACCAAGAAUCAAAGAAAAGGUUUCUGUUUCAUCACCUUUGAAUCUGAGCAGGUUGUCAAUGAACUGCUGAAAACACCCAAGCAGACUAUUGGUGGCAAGGAGGUCGAUGUUAAGAGGGCGACACCAAAGCCAGACGGCCCCGGAGGAAUGGGUAGCCGGGGAGGCGGUCGCGGGGGUCGGGGCGCGAGGGGCGGUCGCGGGGGCCGUGGGGGUUACGGCGGCCAAGGCGCGUGGGGCAACCAGGGCUACGGCGGCUACGGCUACGGCCAGGGCGGAUACGGCGGCGGGUACGACGGAUACGGCUACGGCGGAUACGGAUACGACGGCUACGGAGGAUACGGCGGAUACGAUUACUCCGGCUAUCCCAAUUACGACUACGGCGGGUACGGAGGGUACGAGGGCGGCUACGGCGCACGCGCGGCUCCUCGCGGGAAAGUCUCUGAUGUUGCAGCUGGCUACCAGGGUGGCAAGCAGCGCGGCGGCACCGGCGGCGGCGGUCGCGCCAACCAGAGGCACCAGCCCUAUUAACUACAAAACAGUACCUGCCGAAAGUCAUCUCAGUCCAAUAGUUAAGUGAUCGGUCAUGCGCGUCCCCCGCGCCCGCGCCCCGCGAGCGCCGCGCCGGGGACGUGACAUUCCAUUCCACAUAAUUAAUUUAAGAAAUCUUUUUAAGAAAAAUUUUUUAAGGAUAAAAUAAAUAGUACGUCAUAUGUGACGUGGCCCGCAGCCGGAGCGGUCUUUCAUAAUAUUAAAAUAAUAUAGUAAUGAUUUAUAGAUAACUUGAGUAUUAUUGCUGAUUAGAAUCAAUUUUGACAUUCUUAGUAUCAAAAUCUUACCUUUUUGAACUGAUUGUUAGAAGUAAUAAUUAUACAGAGCUUAACGUUAGAAUAAAAUAGUGGUGUCCGUGUCCCCGCCAGAGUGUGCGUCCGUGCGUGAAUGCGUUGAGUGUGUGCGUGCCCCUACAUUCUGCGUUGAUUGUUCUGGAUCUCAUUGCAGAAAAUGUUGUAGAUUUGUAAUUUUUAAUUUUGGUAAUCAUGCAAGGAAAUCAAGAAUCAUGUAUUUUUUACAAACUAGUUGUUUCUUCCACUGUGUAGGGAUGAAAUUAGAGAAUAAGUACUCGGACAUGAACAAACUUCUGAAGAUAUACGAGUUAUGUAUGUCGAAAUAAACAAAUAUGUAAAUAAAA